AUGAUUCGUUGUGCAUCCAGUUUCUGCCGUACUGGAAAUCUUAUACAUCAAGUGGCACGUUACGCAUCCUUGACAUCACAAACAGGGAAACGUAUUAAAACAUUCGAGAUAUAUCGGUAUGAUCCGGAAAAGCCCGGAUCACAACCUCAGUUACAGAAAUAUGAUAUCGAUUUGGAUGACUGUGGUGCGAUGGUUCUGGAUGCGCUGAUCAAAAUCAAAAAUGAAGUCGAUCCGACUCUCACUUUCCGCCGUUCUUGUCGUGAAGGCAUUUGUGGUUCGUGUGCUAUGAAUAUCGGUGGCGAGAAUACCUUGGCAUGUAUUUGUAAAAUUGAUGAAGACACAAGCAAGAGCACGAAGAUCUAUCCGCUACCACAUAUAUUUAUGUGUAAUGUGUCGGAUUUGACUCCAAUACUUUUUACUAUAACUGGUCAAGUUGUCAAUAACUCAUUUUGGUGGACUUGCCAGACUACGAGGUGUCGAUGUGCUUUUUCACAAGCUUCUGGUCUCAUAUGCUUGUCAUGUUUCGGAUUUCCAUUUUUUGCAGAUUUGGUACCAGAUAUGAACUUGUUUUACGCACAGUAUGCAUCGAUUGAACCAUGGCUAAAGAAAAAGAACAAAUUGGUGCUUGGUGAGAAGCAGAUGUACCAAACAGAAAAAGAGCGUGAGAAACUGGACGGAUUAUAUGAAUGCAUUCUUUGUGCCUGUUGCAGUACUAGUUGUCCGUCGUACUGGUGGAAUGCAGAUAAAUACUUGGGGCCAGCUAUUCUUCUGCAAUCUUAUAGGUGGAUGAUCGAUUCUCGAGACGAUUAUGCUGAAGAGCGAUUGUCGAAAAUACACGAUCAUUUUAGUGUUUUCAAAUGUCACACUAUUCUGAACUGCACAAAAACUUGUCCGAAGCAUUUAAAUCCAGCGAAGGCAAUUGGAGAAAUUAAGAAACUCCUCACCGGUUUUGGUAAAAAGCCGGCACCCGUAUCUGCACCAGCUAAUUUUUGA